AUGGGUGUGUUGUGGCUGGGUGGGGGGGGGCAUGGGGUGGCCGGACGGCGGUGGCCACGGCGCGCUCCCCGGCGGGCAGUUGACUUCCGAGUCCCUUCGGCAGUGACCGACCUGGAGAUCAAGUUCCAGUACCGGGGCCGUCAGGUCUGCGUCCUCACCAUCAGCAACCCCCACGGCUGCCGCCUCUUCCACAGCAGCCUGGAGCCCACGCAGGAGCAGGUGGAGCUCUUCGGGCCGCUGACGCUGGAGCAGGUCCGCUUCCCCGCCACCGACGCCAUCCCCAACGAGAAGCAACGGUUCUACACCCACCAGCUCCUGGACGUGCUGGACCGCGGGCUCAUCCUGGAGCUGCAGGGCCAGGACAUCUACGCCAUCCGCCUCUGCCAGUGCAAGGUCUUCUGGACGGGGCCCUGCGCCGCCCGCCACGCCGGCCCCAACCCCAUCGAGAGGGAGAAGAAGACCAAGCUCUUCAGCCUCGAGGGGUUUCUCAACGGCCUCAUCCUGUUCCAGAAGGGGCAGACCACCACCCCCCCGCCCUUCGAGAUCUUCUUCUGCUUCGGCGAGGAGUGGCCGGACCAGAAGCCCAAGGAGAAAAAACUGAUCACGGUGCAGGUGGUGCCGGUGGCGGCGCGGCUGCUGCUGGAGAUGUUCUGGUGCGAGCUGUCCUGGUCGGCUGACAGCAUCCCGCUGCAGAUCUCCCACCCCGACCUCAAGGACAAGAUGGUGGAGCAGUUCAAGGAGCUUCACCAGCUCUGCCGAUGUUCGGGAAGCGAAUCCGCCGGGAAAGCGGGAUCCCCGAGCCGUCCUCCCGCGCGCGCAGGCGCGGCGCCGGCUCUCCUGGCUGGCGGGACGCGCUGGAGCGAGUGA